UCCGCGCUCCAGACGGUGUACGCUGCCGCCAAAACACCUGGAGGAGGAUCAUACAAAGAGCUAACAAGAAAAGAAAAAAACCAAGCACGAGCAAAAAGCUAAUAUUACAUGAUAUACUUGUAUAUUAGUAUAUGAUAGCGAGUUCGGUCGUAAACGAGUUGUGUUUAUUGUUGUUGUUCGAAGUGUUAUUGUUGUUGUUGUUGUUCUUCAAGUUGUUGUUUAAAUUGAUUUUGGUGUCGCGAAAAGAAAGCUGGCGACGCAAAUGGCCUUGGGGAUGACCCCCGGAUUGUGUUCCGGAAGUUCCGGGGGCCAUUCGGACACGUCGUCCUCGUCUCCGGGAGCGGUCAGCGUCCCGAUGCCGGUGGCGCCGACGCCUCUAUUACCUAACCCGAUGUUCGCAUUACCGACGUUGAACUUCACCGUCUCCCAAGUCGCAGCGGUGUGCGAAACCCUUGAAGAGAGCGGCGACAUCGAGAGGUUGGCGAGAUUCUUGUGGUCGUUGCCCGUCGCCCAUCCGAACAUCGGAGAGUUGAACAAGAGCGAAGCUGUUCUGAGGGCGCGCGCUAUAGUCAGCUUCCACAGCGGCAAUUUUCGUGACCUUUACACCAUCCUCGAGACGCACAAGUUCACGAAGAGUUCGCACGGAAAGCUGCAGGCGAUGUGGCUGGAAGCGCACUAUCAGGAAGCGGAGAAGCUGAGGGGACGCGCUCUCGGCCCCGUCGACAAGUAUCGCGUUCGCAAAAAGUUCCCGUUGCCCCGCACUAUUUGGGAUGGGGAACAGAAGACGCACUGCUUCAAGGAGCGCACCAGGAGUCUGCUGAGGGAAUGGUAUCUGCAGGACCCGUAUCCGAAUCCGACGAAGAAGCGCGAACUCGCCCAGGCCACGGGACUCACGCCCACCCAGGUCGGCAACUGGUUCAAGAACCGCAGACAGAGGGAUCGAGCGGCCGCCGCUAAAAACAGGUCAGAUUCCCCUUAUAUUUACCAACGUAAUCACCACCUCAACCUCAACCUCGACGACGAAGACGAUGAUGAUGACGACGAUGACGAUCGCUUUACUUACAUCGACGUGCUCUAACACUCGUUAA